AUGGCUUUUCCUUCCAAGUUCAGCUUCACCGUGAGAAGUAUUCUGGAUUUACCGGAGAAUGACACCGAGCGCGCGGCGCAUCUUUCUCCGGUUCGCUCACUCUCUGGCUCUCCAUUCUUCUCCUGGAUCGACAGCUACAGAGGUCACUGCAUGUCUUCGGAUGAGAGCAAUCCGGAGACGUCGCCUGACUCCACCAAGUCAAACGAGGCGCCCAUGGAAGAUGACCAAGGCAAGAAGAAGAAACGCCGCGUGCUGUUUUCCAAGGCCCAGACGUACGAACUCGAGAGGCGCUUCCGUCAGCAGCGCUACCUGUCAGCUCCAGAACGUGAGCAGCUCGCGCGCGUUCUCAGCCUAACGCCCACGCAGGUGAAAAUCUGGUUCCAGAAUCACAGGUACAAGAUGAAAAGGGCGCGGCUCGAGUGUGUCCACGACCUCGGUCAACCUUCGGUGAUGCGCAGGAUCAUGGUGCCGAUCCUAGUCCGGGAUGACAAAGCAUAUCAGACCUUUACCGCCGAUGUCGAGAAGGCUGUCUGCACGGUCCCACCAGCUCAUGCGAUCCAAGCGUGCCAGUCUUUUCAACGCUUACCCUCUUUCGCGCUUCUCAACCACUACCAGCACUUUACGAACGCAGCCGCCCCAAGACACAACUUUAUUUGGUGA